GUGGACAGCUCUGUUCCUCUCUAUCGUUCGACAUGACCACGAAAGCAGCUUUACGCCCCCUUCUUGUCGUCGCUGGCGUCGGAGGUGGCUCUGGUACAGGCGCUGCCUCUGCGAAAUUGUUCUCAAAGUCGGGUUACGACGUUGCGCUCAUCGCUCGAAACGCUGGUUCUCUACAAAAACUCUCUGAUGAGAUCAACUCGAACCCAAAGCUCACCGGCAAGGCGACAGCAUUCGAAGCUCGUUCCUACUCACACCAGGACAUGAAGAAUGUUUUCAACGAAAUCUGGUCCCAUUACGAUCCCAAACAAACCGUUUUCCGUGCAGCUAUCUAUAACAUUGGAUAUCCAAUCUUCAAACCGUUCUUGGAGACUACCCCAGAAGAAUUCAGGGCCUCGUUAGAGGGAAAUGUCGAGGCGGCAUACGCAUUCUCAAGGGAAGUCAUUCCGAAGUUGCUCGAAAACCAGGAGAACGAGGAAUUUGAAAUAGAUGGGAAGACGAUUGUCGGUGGCAAGGGUAGCUUGAUUUUCACGGGUGCUACGGCGGCCUUGAGGGGAGGAAAACAAACUAGUGCAUUCAGUACGGCUAAGGGUGGGAGUAGGAAUUUGAAUCAGAGUUUGGCCAAGGAAUUCUGGCCCCAGGGAGUUCAUGUGGCUCAUGCGAUUAUAGACGGACGCAUUCAGGGCGAACACUCAAAGAGUGGAUUAGACCCAGAAUCCAUCGCUCAGGCAUAUCUCAACCUCGCGAGGCAAGAACGUACCGUUUGGACUUGGGAGUUGGACUUGAGGCCAGCAGAAGAAAAUUGGUAAAUAAAUAAAAAUCAAGCUCGAACCGGGCGUUGUGAUGUGUAUUCAUCAUUCCACCAUUUCACUUCAUUUUGAUUUAUUUCUUCUCCGUCACAGUAUGUUUCUCGUUGAUAUCUAAAAAAACUCGUGGCUCUUUUCAUCUACGAAGGAUGUAUAUAUAUGUAUAUCAGUAAUCUGAUGUCUGUAGAGUACCCACCAAUUAUUUGAUUGAGCUUCAA